AUGGAGGGAGGAAAUUAUUCAGUGGUGCCCGAGAUCGUGUUGGUGGGACUUACCAGUUCUUGGGAGAUGCAGCUUGUCCUCUUUCUGGUUUUCUCUAUGUUCUAUGUAGCAGGCACCUUAGGAAACCUCCUCAUUGUGCUCACAGUGAUUUCUGACUCCCAUUUACACUCACCCAUGUAUGUCCUGCUGGCCAAUCUCUCCUUUAUUGACAUGUGGAUUUCCUCUAUUAUAGUUCCCAAGAUGAUUUCUGAUAUUUUCAAGGAGAGAAAAGUAAUCUCUUUCCAAGGCUGCAUUGCUCAGAUGUUCUUCAUUCAUGUUAUUGGAGGAGCUGAGAUGGUUCUGCUUGUUGUCAUGGCCCUUGACCGAUAUGUCGCUAUAUGUAAGCCUCUUCACUACCUGACCAUCAUGAACUUCAGAACUUGUGCUUUACUCUUGGUGGCUGUCUGGACCAUUGGAAUCAUCCACUCAUUGGCCCAACUUGCAUUUGUUGUAAAUCUACCAUUCUGUGGUCCCAAUGAAGUGGAUAGCUUUUUCUGUGAUCUUCCUCGAUUCAUUAGACUUGUGUGCAUAGUCAUCCACAGACUGGAGCUCAUAGUCAUUGUCAACAGUGGUUUCAUCUCUCUGGGAACUUUUUUCAUUUUGAUUGUCUCUUAUAUCUUCAUUUUGGUCACCGUUUGGCACCAUUCUUCAAGUGGCUUGUCUAAAGCCCUCUCUACACUGUCAGCACACAUUACAGUGGUCGUCUUGUUUUUUGGUCCAUGUAUCUUUGUGUAUUCAUGGCCAUUUAUCACAGUGCCUGUGGAUAAAUUCCUUGCCAUUUUUGAUGUAAUAAUUACUCCAUUUCUGAACCCUGCCAUCUAUACUUUUAGGAACAAAGAGAUGAAGGUGGCAAUAAGAAGAAUAUUUAACCAGGUGUUGAAUUUCUGGAAGCUGUUCUGA